AUGUGCAAAGGUUUCGGCUCCACCCUGACCGGACCCGCUCUGCAGUGGUACAUCAACUUACCCUCCAGGUCCAUAGCCUCCUUAGCGGUUCUCAGCGACAUAUUCGUGGAGCAAUUCGCAAGCAGAAGGGACCUGGAGAAAACCUCCGACAGCCUCUACGAAAUCCUCCAGUUUCGAGCAGAACCCCUGCGAGGCUACAUAGCCCGCUUAAAUCAAGAGAAGGUAGCUAUCCCCAAAUGCAGUAUCCCCAACGCUAUAUCCGCUUUCAAGAGAGGUCUGCUCCCCGACGGAGACCUGUACAAGGAGCUGACCAAAUAUCAGUGCAAAACCAUGGAAGACGUCCUAUCUCGAGCCUGGGCGCAGGUCAUGUGGAAGGAGGACGUCACCAGCAGGGCCAAAGCGCAGAAAAAGCAAUAUCCCAAGACGAUCAGACCAGACCGAACCGAUUUAGACGAGAAACCCUCUCAAAGAUCAGCUAGGGACUCCAGAAAUCGAAACUGGGGCAGGUACCAUACCGGCCGAUCGAGAAGCCAAAAAGGGAUGGCAGUGGCCACGGGGCCAAACAUCUCUCACCUCUCUGUCUCAGUGCCGGAGCUGAUCAAUGUUCUGAGGCAGAUGGGCCAUCAGGUCAAGUGGCCUCAGAAGAUGAAAGCUCCCGACUCUUUCCGGAACCCUGGCUUUUGGUGCGACUUCCAUCGAGACCACGAUCACAAAACGGAGGACUGCGUCGCACUAAAGAUCGAGGUCAACGAACUGCUUAGGAAAGGGCACCUCAGGGAGUUCCUUUCUGAUAAGGCCAAGAGCCAUCUAAGCAAAGAGACAACGGGUAAGCCUGUCUCGCCACCGCGACAGGACCGAGUGGUACAUGUCAUUUCGGGCGGUUCAGAAAUUAGCGGCAUAAGGCAUGCAGCUGCAAAGAAAAGUACUUGGAACCCCAAGCAUGGCCUAGAGGCGGCCAAGCCAAAACGUUUGCUCCUAGGAACAUACGAGAUAAGCUUCACGGACAAGGAGCAGGAGAAAGACCUCACUCCGCAUCACAACGCUCUGGUUAUCUCGCUCACUGUAGCGAACUGCCUGGUAAGAAGGACACUGGUCGAUGAUGGAAGCUCCGGCAACAUCAUCUUCCAGGCCGCAUACAAAGACCUAGGGCUGGAUGAAGGGGCUCUAACUCAGAGGGUAACCCCCCAUAUAGAGUUCAACGGGGAAGUCAAACAAACCACCGGAGAGAUAACCCUCCCCGUAUACGCCGAAGGAAUCAACAUGUCAACCAACUUCCUCGUGGUUGACUGCGACUCGUCUUACAACAUGAUUCUAGGACGGCCCUAG